UCCCUUAAUGAUGAAAGAAUUAAAACGAGUCAUUCAGGAGAGUGAAAUUAUGAAAGAAGACGAUCAACGAUGGCCAAAAAAGAAUGUUGUUGGGCGACAAGAACUUGAAAUUCGAUUGGGCAAUGAACACAUCUCAUUCGAGACAGCAAAAAUUGGGUCACUUGUUGACGUGCAAGAAAGUGAUGAUCCUGAAGGUCUACGUGUAUUUUAUUAUUUAGUACAAGAUCUUAAAUGUUUGGUCUUUUCAUUGAUCGGGCUACAUUUCAAGAUUAAACCUAUCUAG